AUGGCUGCGUGGCACGGCGGAGCUCCCCACGUGCCUGCUGCUCUGCAGCGACAAACCCUGAUUCCCUCCUCUGCAUGUGGCCGUAUCCCUAGUAUGUGCACCAGAGCACACUACCGUGCAUCUGCGUUUUCCCGAGCCUGCGUCCCAGCAGGAAACCGCAUAGCGCGCCUCGAAUCGCCUUCUCCGGUCAAUGCGCUGAAUGCGUCUCGGUUCUACCAUG